CCUAAUGAACACAGACAAUCCAUUCUGUGGGCCUUCCAAUACAAUUGUCCUUCUAUAAAACAUAAUUGAACUCUCUCUACUUCUACAUUUUCAUUUUCAUUCAACAAGAUAUAGUAAGUUUCAACACAUACAAAGCAAAACAUGGCCACUAACGGGAUUGAUAAGAGCAAGAACAAAGAGCUAAAGCAUCUUGGGUUUGUCAAGAUUGUUGCUGUUCGAACUUUUUUGUUCGUGUCAAAUCUCUAUGAGUACACGAAGAACAACUCGGGGCCUUUAAGAUCAGCGAUUGGAACAGUGGAGGGAACUGUAACCAACAUUCUUGGCCCUGUCUACAACAAUUUCAAGGGUGUCCCCAACGAUGUUCUGAUUUUUAUUGACAAUAAGGUGGAUGAAGUUAGUGACAAGUUCGAUGAGCAUGCUCCUCCUUUCGCUAGGCAGCUAGCGAACCAUGCUAAGGGUUUGAUUCAAAAAGUGACACAAGAAGCUAAGAAAGUUACAAGUGAGGCUCGAUCCGCAGGCCCUCGAGCAGUUGUGCAUUAUGUUGCUACAGAGUCAAAGAAUGUUGUACUGAUUAGUUUAGUGAAGUUGUGGUCUGGGCUGAACCACUAUCCGCCAUUCCAUGUGGUGGCGGAGAUGGCAGUUCCCACAGCUGCGCACUGGUCGGAGAAGUACAACCAUAUUAUUAAGGUCAUGGCUGAAAAGGGUUACUCUGUCGCUGGGUAUUUACCUUUGAUUCCCAUUGACGCAAUAGCUAAGGCUUUUAAGCAGGGAGAAUGUAACUUGAAAGGAAAUGAUGUCGCAGCCUCUGCUAAAGAGAGAUCAGAAUAAUUCAUCUAAUUCUACUUAAUUUGAUAUUCUACUUCUAUACAUAAUUUGCUUUCUGAACUGAGACCUUCAGAAACAUGCAUAUGGUUGUUGUGCUUGAAUUCAUCGAUGUUAAUUUGUAAGAUCUUGACUAUAAUCCAAGUAUGUAGAGAUAAGGAUUUGUGUAAAUGGUAUGAUAAAUGGUUAUGAACUUUGCUUA